CCGGUGCCCGGAGAAUGAAUGAAUCAGACAACAACACAAAGAAAACAGAUGAUACACUGUCUCCGUGCUUUAGCUUAUAGUCGUGACGCUACACCACGUCCUAAAUUCUAGUGGAUUCCGUCUCAACCACGAGUGGAGCUGUUUGCUUUAAUUCCAAGGAUCAAAAAAGGUGGUUUCUGCUGUGAAGCGUUUCCGGAGCAAGACUCGGCAAUUAUUGAACCGCCCCUCCCGCGGCUCUAACAGACUUGCACUGUGCUGAGCUGCAAAAGAGUAGUUUUCAGGUGUAGUGGCAUGCCUCUUUUGCACAGAUUCGACGUUCAUUUACUUGAGGAAGAAUGAAUAAUUAAAAGUGCGGAUCGCGGCGUGAAUCGGGGCGGCGGUCCUUCACAGACAUCAGCUGGGACUGGGAGGAGGUUGGUCCUGUUCAGCUGCCGCCGUUUGGGAGAGAGGUCUCGCCCCCCUCCAGCACGGGCAUGGCGUCUGGUCUGUGAACCUACAUCAACUUGGCGUUUCAAUGACCGUUUCGGUCAGCGGCUGGAAGCGGAGACACGUGUACAGAGCAGCUUCGGCGGGGAGAGAGGCGACGUGUUGCUGUCGAGAGUCAGGAGAAGACUGAUGUGCCACUUUUACUUGGACUUGAGCAAGAGGUUUAACAAUGGGGAGUAGUAAGAGCAAGCUGAAAGACCCGUCUCAGAAACCAAAGGCUGGGGACAACAGCAUUUCAUCCAGUACACAGAAUCUACGCUAUGGUCUUGAGGCACCACAGGAGUCCCACACAACCCCUGCUAAAACGUCGGGUCUGGAUGAGAACAGCUCCACUAUUGCACCAUUUGGAGGGACCACGGAACUAACACUAUUCGGAGGAGUUAUUUCAUCUAAUGCAUCUUCACCGUCACAACGAACGGGCCAACUGGCAGGUGGCGUGACCACAUUUGUGGCAUUGUACGAUUAUGAUUCCAGGACAGCGAGUGACCUUUCCUUUAAGAAGGGGGAGCGACUGCAGAUUGUUAACAACACGGAAGGUGAUUGGUGGUUAGGCCGCUCCCUCACUACAGGAAACACUGGAUAUAUCCCCAGCAAUUAUGUUGCACCUUCUGACUCCAUUCAGGCUGAAGAGUGGUAUUUUGGGAAGAUUACUCGUAGAGAAUCGGAGCGAAUGUUACUAAGCCCUGAAAAUCCCAGAGGUACCUUUUUGGUCAGGGAGAGUGAGACCACAAAAGGUGCUUAUUGCUUAUCCGUGUCCGACUACGACAAUGCAAAAGGACUGAAUGUGAAGCACUACAAGAUUCGCAAACUGGACAAGGGUGGCUUCUAUAUUACAUCACGAACACAGUUUGAAAACCUGCAGCAGCUGGUAGUCCACUACUCAAAACACUCUGAUGGCUUGUGUCAUCGGCUGACAACUGUCUGUCCAACAGUGAAACCGCAGACCCAGGGAUUAGCUAAAGAUGCUUGGGAAAUCCCACGGGAAUCAUUGAGAUUGGAAGUGAAGCUUGGGCAGGGUUGCUUCGGAGAAGUGUGGAUGGGAACUUGGAAUGGAACAACAAAGGUAGCAAUUAAGACUUUAAAACCUGGCACGAUGUCUCCAGAGGCUUUUCUGCAGGAGGCCCAAAUCAUGAAAAAACUUCGUCAUGACAAACUGGUCCAGUUGUAUGCCGUUGUCUCUGAAGAACCAAUCUACAUUGUUACUGAGUACAUGAGCAAAGGAAGUUUGUUGGAUUUCCUCAAAGGAGAGAUGGGCAAAUACUUGAGACUUCCACAGCUGGUUGAUAUGGCUGCUCAGAUCUCGGCGGGCAUGGCCUAUGUAGAAAGGAUGAAUUAUGUUCACCGAGACCUGCGAGCGGCUAACAUUCUUGUGGGUGAAAGCCUUGUGUGUAAGGUUGCUGAUUUUGGCCUGGCUCGACUGAUUGAAGACAACGAAUACACAGCCCGGCAAGGUGCCAAAUUCCCUAUCAAGUGGACAGCUCCCGAAGCUGCACUGUAUGGCCGUUUUACCAUCAAAUCAGACGUGUGGUCAUUCGGAAUUCUGAUGACUGAACUAGCUACAAAGGGCAGGGUGCCAUAUCCAGGAAUGGUAAACCGGGAGGUGCUGGAUCAGGUGGAACGUGGUUAUCGAAUGCCGUGCCCACCUGAAUGUCCCGAGUCUCUCCACGAUCUCAUGAUUCAGUGCUGGAAGAAGGAGCCAGAAGAGAGGCCAACCUUUGAGUAUUUGCAGGCCUUCCUAGAAGAUUACUUCACUUCCACAGAACCUCAGUACCAGCCAGGAGAAAACUUAUAGGCCCAGUCAUUGAAGGCAGCAUUGGAGACAUUGUGCAGCUUGAGAAUGCAAAAAUUCAAUCAGCCUAGCUGCACGCAGCCCUUAAAUCUGCUUAAUAACUGGAAUUCCCGUGCACUGUGCACUACUUCAUCUUUGCAUAUUGCUCCAGUGUAUAGAUAAUUUUGUUUAUGAGGCACUAUAGAUAUUUAAUUUGAAUUUCAACACCUGUUGAUGGGUAAGGUUCUGACUAAAGAGGUAACGAAGAAUUUCCUUGUGCAAGCAAAGCCAAAACACCAAAUAAGGAAUUCUGUCUCCUUAAUUAAUUUUUAACCUUCUCUCAAACCUAUUGACUGUCCCUUCUGUAGUCUACCUACAAAAACAAAUCUAGAAUGAUCUCUUUACAGCAGUAUUUUCUUCCUCUUCAUAGGUUGGGAAAAUAUAGUAGUCAAGCAAGGAUUAAAAGGCACCAGAGGUCUAUCGUACUUUUGGUGCUAGACUAGUUUAUCUAGAAAAAAAUGUUCUUAUAUACAAUUUACUUAACUGGAAAUUGCAACAACAUUAAGACAUUUUGCACAUUUCCUUUUUUUAUUAUUGUUGGUAUAACAUGCCUUUGUUAUCUUCAUUAUUAUUUAUAUUUUUAAUCCAUAUGAAUUGUAGAAAGCUGAUUCUGAUUGAUAUGGUGGUAAAGCCUAAGCAUUUCAGUGUUUUGUCUCCCCUGCAGUACUUUAUGUAUAUAAUGUUUUUUUUUGCUGGUGAGAGGAACGAAAACAUUGGAUAAGCUGCCAUCUUUUAUGACUUGAUAUAGCAAUAAUGUGAACAAGAAAAUGAAACAUUUUGCUGUUUCUUAAGAAUUAUAAGUGAGUUGGUUAGCUUGCAGAGAUAGUAUUAAUUGGUUAUAGCAGGUAUAUUAGGCAACAGUGAUGCUCGCAUCAUGGUUUCAGCUCUGUGUGUGUGCAAACCCAAGCCCAUUGUAGUAGGUGUCCUCAGGACUGUCCUCUAGUGGUCAUAAUGAAUAUGAGAUGAACAGUUCUGUUUCCAGACAGAAUUAAUGAGGUGCCAAACAUGAAUGCUUAUUACAGAUGCACAUUUGAUGCCACUGGAUAUAUGAAAUAUUUACAGAAAACUAUGAUAAAAAUCUUUCUAUUGCGAAUAAACCAGCCUCAAUAAAUAUUCGCUUAGUUUCAAGCCAAAUGUGUACAUGUUUGGCCAUAGUUAUGUGAAUAUUAAGACAUGCAUUUGUGUGAAAAUCCUUUGUCUGGAGAAGUUAACCCAUUUAUUUGAAACCUGUUAACACUUUUAAAAAGGAAUUUCAUACAAAUCCAUAAAUUAUUUCAGCACUAAUAUUUGCACAGUGGGAUUUCAAGGCCUUGCAUUUUAAGGUGAUAAAAGUAUUUUUGCACAGGCUGUAACAUAUUUUGUUUUGCACACAAUAGCAGGAUUACAUGGUAGAGGUAUUCCCAUUCCCUGCUGAAUGUCUGAAAACAUCCUUCACUAGGUGUUGAAGGUUGUUUCUUGGAUGGGCAGUGACAACUUACUUUUAUGAUUAUCUGUUCAUUGUUGAUAGCCAGGUAAAGGAGAAAAUUGAGGGCCAAUAGACACUAUUGCUUUGGGGGUACAAAAGAUAUAUUGGACUGCAUUAAAAUGGCAAAGAUCUGUUAUAAUGCAAUAGGGGGAUCAUGGCUUUAUUGAUGGCUCUUUAUCAAAUCACCUUUAAUGUAUGUGCUGUGUCAAGGCAUUUAUAAAGUUGGAUCCAAAGAGUUUUGUUACCAUAAAAUGCUGUAAUGAUUUUAAAAAAUGUAUAAAGGUCCAAGAAAACCCCUUAGCCCCAAAAAUUGCAUUUCUCCAGUCUAAACAACUUGGUUCUUUUUCACUUGUGUUACAUUGAUUCCUGAAUUCCACCACAAUAAUUUUUGAGCAGAAUGGUGUUUUAUCUGUAUCUCUACUAGUAAUUGUUACUAUGGUCAAACUAGUGAACUCGUGGCAACAUUUUGCUUCCCUUGAUAGCUGCCUUCUCAAAAUAGUGAAGAUGGUUCAAGCACAUUGGGAAGAACAGGCUAUGCCUUUAACUCUGUAGAUGAGCACAAAGAUGGAGACUAAGGUGGUGAAAUGGAUAGAUGACAAAGGAAUGAUCCUGUGGAAAUUAUCCCAACUUCAUCGUCAACUGAAUAAUCUUGGCUGUUAACUCAUGCAAAGUGAAUUUUAGCUAACAUGCUAAAAUGAGUUUAGCCUGAACAGCACAUGAGUUUUUUGUUUCCUUUUCUGGCUGACUAUCGAGCUAACAAUAAUCAGUGCAUGAGAGUUUAAAUUUUGGAAAAAUAAGGCAAGAAAUGGUACAACUGAAAAUUCUUGUUAAUAGUCCCCUGUGAAUUCCUAAUGAGUGUGAAUAAUUAUUUUGUGCAAAUUAAAUUUGUUAUUCAUUAGCAACUAACUGUAUUUGGUAAUGCCUCUUAAGUCACAGGCCUAUCUCUUGUCAUUUUCUCACUGUGAUCAAUGACUGCACAGAAUCUUAAGUAUGCAUUUGGAAUAAACCAAUAUGUGAGGGAAAAGUAAAGUUGGUACUGAAUGGGAGUGAAGACCCCCCCCUACAAAUUGGGGGACUAUUCUAACUAGCUUGGUGAAUUAGUAUAAAGACACUGGAGUCAAAUGGUGGAAUAGGUUCAGUCAGUCCUUUGUAUAUAAUAUAAAGUAUUACAAAAUUUUAGGGCAAAAUGUAUGCUGUUCAAAUUUUUACUUUCCAGCUGCAGAAAUUGGCAACACAGCUACAAAAGUGAUAAUUUUAAUAAUUUCUCUUUGAAUCUUUUUUUUAUUGCCUAUAAUAAUACUGAAAUUCCAUCUUCUUUUCUUUAUGAAAAGAAUGAAUUGUGUAUGUAAUGUUUUGGUUACUAUGGUACUUAUGACUUACUUAUGCUGUACACAUUCCCAUGGCCUGUGCAGAGAAUAUAUUGAUUUUCAAUUCUGAUUUAAUUUUUUUUUUACAAAAAGAAAUGCAACCUUUGCAUUUUGAAAACCUUAAUAUUCACCUUUGUAUGUAUUUCCACAUAUUUCUGCUGUGUAUAAUUAUGUUUGGGUGUAAGCUCUUUUGUAAUUUUGGGGAGGGUGGGGAGCAAGUUAAUUUUUUUUGCAAGUUCAUGUUCCA